CAAGCGGACAGUUCUUACAGGGGUUUUACCCCACGACCCUUGAAAAAGCCGUGAGACAAGGAUUACAGUCUUCAGCAGAGUUGUUAGCUCCAGGGAUCAAAUUUUACUCCAUGGCUGGAGAGUUUAUUACACGUCGCUAUGGCAACCACUACUACUGCAAAGCAAGAAACAUCACUCUGGAACUGUCAUUUCAGUACGAAGAAGUCUUCAGAGAUUGUGAUGUCAUUGUCAUGCCAACUUUACCCCAUCCUGCUACAAAAUUUCCACAGACCGGGAACACAGAAGCAGACUCUCUUAAAGCAUACCUGGAGGAAAGCACACAUCUACUGGUGAACACGGCAGCAGCCAACCUGACUGGACAUCCAGCCUUGUCUUUACCCCUGGGCAAGCUCGGAGAUGGGAGUGUAGACAGCCUCAUGAUUGUUGGCCGCAAAUAUGAGGAGCUGACAGUACUGCAAGUUGCCAGGGCUUUGGAGAAAAUUAUUCCAGCCAGAAAUUAG